AUGUCAUCAUCUGUUCCAUAUGAUUCAUACGUCCCUUUAGAGGGUUCUAAUGCGCAGUCAAAAACUGCCGCCUUACAGGCAGAAAUCGAUGAUACUGUUGGUAUUAUGAGAGAUAAUAUUAAUAAGGUGGCAGAGCGUGGGGAGAGGUUAACUUCGAUACAAGACAAGGCAGACAAUUUGGCCGUCUCUGCACAAGGUUUUAAAAGAGGCGCUAAUAGGGUAAGGAAGCAAAUGUGGUGGAAGGAUUUAAAGAUGCGUAUUUGUUUGCUAUUGGUUAUCCUUAUCUUGUUGAUUGUUAUAAUUGUUCCAAUUAUAGUUCACUUUAGUAAAUGA